AUGAGAGCGAAAGCGUGCAUUCGCUGUCGGCAGUGGAAAGUGGGUUGUGAUGCAGACGUUGCCGGGCCCGAGGGCUGUACUCGUUGCCGCAGCGUCAACGCCACGUGUGUUUUCGGGGCCAACUUUCGACGGACUCCUAAGCGGCGCAUGCUGGCUGAGUUGCAGGACGAGGUGACUCGAUUGAGGGCAUUGACAUCCGUAUUGACGACCGAUGGACCUGUCGGCCAAAGUCCCACCACCUCGUUGGAAACCAAUGCGUCGUCUUGGGGCGCUGAAAACACAUCAACAGCCAUUGCUCCUAUACCGCCCAUCCAGCAGCCCAUUAUACCAGGUCCAAGUCAGUACUACAAGGGCAAUGGCCAAGUCCAGCUUACAGCCACACAAGCCAAUGAGCUGUUCCGCAUCUAUUUCUCCAGAUGUCACCCAUAUCUUCCGUUUCAGAUGUGUCGGUCCGUUGAGACCACCUACGAUCGUUGUCCACUCCUUUUCUGGGUUGUUUGUGCCGUUGCUUCCACGGAUAUUGAUGCACGUCCCCAAUUUGAAGAGAUUGUUCGUGGUCAAGUUGCCUGCGUGCUGGAUCCGAAGAACGGCUCGGUCGAGGUUAUUCAGGCGCUUCUGAUUCUUUCCAUGUGGCCCUUUCCCUUCAAAUCGCAGAGAUCCGAUCCAUCUUUCGUGUACGGCGCGCUUGCUUGCCAGAUUGCGUUGCAAAUCGGCUUACCACGACCGGCUGUCACUUGUCCCGGUUCCGCCAACUCCAGUGCCACAAAUGAAGACCAAGGGGUUCGAACCACGACGUGGAUUGCAUGCUUCAUUGUCAACCAGAUUUUGGCUAGCAGACUGGGCGUUCCAGCAACCAUCUUCGCCGAUUAUGCACUUCUCUCUUCCCUCGAUGAUGCUUCGGUUCCUCCGCAACUGUCUCAUCUUUGUUCAAUCUCUCAUCUUACGGUGGAAUCAGCUCAUGCCAUCGGCGCACGCGCCGUCAAUGUUUCAGGCCUCGCAGACCCGGUCCCGCGCAUAAGUCUCAUCAACAUCUUUGCCCAACAAUUCGACGAACUCCGGAAAUCCCGAUUCCCUGCCCCGAGCGACAUUGAGGAGAUCUUCUUCCUGAGCUCCAUGCUCCAGCUCUGGUCGUUUGCGCUGCAUAACGACGUCCCCAUCUCGCCGGACACAUUCUACAUCGUCCAGCGAGCAAGACAGGAUGCUAUUCGUCUCAUCCAAGUGGCAUGUGAGAAGAACCUCAGUCUCGUCCCGUUCUACAUCCACCGUUCCGUCUGCUUCGCGGCUCUGCUCCUGUACCACAUCAAGCUCAGUCCCUAUGGCGUCAAUGACGAACUCCUGGACGACCACAUUUCAAGAGCUCAGCAGGCGCUGCAGUCAAGGACGGGCCCUGACUUGGGACAAUUCUUGAGAACGUUAACAUCGCCAGAGAAUAGAGGCGAGUUCAUUGCACGAAGGGACAAGAACUCUUCGUACAGGUGGAAAAUGGGCGCCGCCCUGACAUUUGACUCGGCCCACGCGUAUGUCAACAUGACGCAGUCCGAUGCUUUGUUUUUUCCCGAAUUGCUUGACCUUGAUGGGUUUCUGUUUGAGACCCCAGCAACUGAGUUGGGAUGA